GGGGGCUGCUUUUCAGGUGGGCCACACUCAGUCCUGCCCUUCUCUCUCUUUUGGACCACCACAAACCAGCUCUACCUCCUCCUCCAGUGUUGUUCUCCGGGCUUCUUCCUUAUUGUGGUGGAAGAAGAAGUCAAUGAGAAAGGCAGCGGGGCUGGACUAACAGAACAGUGUCUGGGUGGACCCCUUUGUGAUAUCCCUCGCAGAGCGUUGAGCAUACGAAAGAACCAUGGACACCCUUGCACUGGAGGCGAAGAACGUUGGGGGCCCUGAUAGUGAAAAGAAGUCAGCGCCAAGGGCCAGGCCCAAGCCCCCCAAGAAGGCAAAAAGGAUUGUAUACUUUGAGGUGGAGAUCUUGGAUUUGAAGACAAAGGAAAAGCUUCUUCUGCUGGAUAAGGUGGAGCCAACGUCCACAGUUUUAGAUAUCAAGGCUUUGUUUCAUAAGUCAAAUCCGAAGUGGUACCCAGCGAGGCAGUCCUUGCAUCUGGAUCCCAAAUCCAAGAGUCUGAGGGACGAGGAGAUUCUCCAAACACUUCCUGUGGGAACCACCGCCAGUUUCUACUUCAGCGACCUGGGAGCUCAGGUUGCCUGGGGAACGGUGUUCCUGACAGAAUGCGUGGGCCCUCUGCUCAUGUACCUGAUGUUCUACUUCCGGCUGCCCUUUAUAUACAACUCCAAGUACGACUUCACCACCAGCAAGCACUGGGUCGUGCACCUGGCGUGUAUGUGUCACUCAUUUCACUACAUCAAACGGAUUCUGGAAACCCUCUUUGUCCACCGGAUCUCCCACGGGACCAUGCCUCUACGAAACAUCUUCAAGAACUGCGGCUAUUACUGGUGCUUUGCAGCGUGGAUGGCCUACUAUAUAAACCACCCCCUCUACACCCCGGCCUUUUAUGGACAACAGCAGGUGAAAGCAGGACUGUAUACAUUCUUGUUCUGUCAACUGGGCAAUUUCUCAACUCAUGUGGUGCUUCGCAACGUCAAAACCCCAGGUUCAAAAGUAAAGAAAAUUCCAUAUCCAACAAAGAAUCCUUUUACCUGGAUUUUUGCAUUGGUCUCUUGCCCGAACUACACAUAUGAGCUUGGCACCUGGCUGGGCUUCACGGUAAUGACCCAGUGCGUUCCCGUCGCGUUCUUCACCAUCGUUGGCUUCGUCCAGAUGACUAUAUGGGCCAAAGGCAAGCACCGCGGCUACGUUAAGGAGUUCCGGGAUUACCCUACCCUGCGCUCUUCCAUAAUCCCAUUCAUCUUGUAGACGCUAAGCGAGAUGGCAGAUGGAAAAAUUGGUUAACCUACUACCAUAAUGCCAGUGCCCCUCAUCACUUAUCACUUAUCGGCCGAAUACAGUGAACCCCCCCCCCCCCCCCCCUCUGAUCUAGUGGUCGCCAUGUCCUUGAGGUUUAAUGUAGAGGAACCAUGAAGUCUCCUCCUGUCCUGCCCGUUUCCCCUCUUCAUUAAAAGGAGAUGCAGGCUCGUCUCAGUUAAAGAGUACCUUGGAGGGAGGAAGUGUUGGUUUUUUGACUUUUUGUAUUAGACCUAAGUGCACCAGUCUUAAAUUUGUUGAAAGCGUACUGAAUGUGGCAUUGAACUGCAGACACACAAGCGUCAGAGUCUGACUUCAACCUUUGAUACAUUGGGUGACUUGUAGAUAGAGAAAAAGAGACGCGUUCUUCUUGUAGUGUGCAAUUUGUUCAGUAACUGCGAGAUAAACCCUUUUCUGCUCAAUACCCUUUUACAGCCUGUAGCUGCUCUCUAGAAUGUGAAUUGGAGACUUACUUUGUGGUUUCAAGGUUUCUCUGACCUUUACCCCCAAUUGUCCUUAUUCUUGUGUUAUACUGUUAUUUCUCCUAGUAUAAAUGUUCUAUUGAUUCAGUAAUGUUCAUUCAAGCAGAAUUACAUUUUUCUUUGCUCAAAGUGCCAUCGAUACUCUUGGCUAACAUUGGCUUUCAGCGGUAAUAACUUAACAAUUACAGAAUUUCACGAAAGCUAUUUUAUAAAGUGCUUUUAAAAAUAGAGAAUCUGCUUUAUACUAAAUGUGGUUUGUAUAAAUGGAUCAGUGGUGACGUGGGACACCGAAUGAUCCAGAAAAAAUAAUAUUUCAGUGCCAACUCUUCGUGCUCAAAUAAAAGUUUGCACUACUGACUGCAAAACAAGUUUUAUUUGUUUUAUUUAC